AUGAUAUUAGAUAUAUUAGAAAAGUUAAAUAAAUUAAAUAUAGUAUUAGCUUCAGGUUCACCUAGAAGAGUAGAGUAUUUAAAACUAUUGGGAUUACAGUUUAAGGUUGUACCUUCGACGUUCGAAGAGAAUCUAGAUAAAUCAAAGUUUGAGAAUGUAUAUGACUACGCUGUGACGACAGCCAAACACAAAACAGAGGAUGUCUAUCAAAAGUUAAAGGCUGCCAACGACACGCCCAAUAUUAUUAUCGGUGCCGAUAGUAUCGUUGUAUUGGGUGAUACAAUACUAGAGAAACCGAAAUCAAUAGAGAAUGCUAAAGAGAUGCUAGCAGGACUGAGUGGUCGUAAGCAUAUAGUAUACACAGGUGUACAUCUUAUAGUUACAAACAACGACAACCAACAAUCGAUUUCAAAAUCAUUCUACGAAGCAACAGAAGUUGAAUUCGAUACACUCAGCGAUGAAUUAAUUGCUUAUUAUGUUGAUAAUUAUAAACCACUUGAUAAAGCAGGUGGAUAUGGAAUUCAAGAGGUAGCAGCAACAUCAUUUAUAAAAUCAAUCAAUGGAUGUUAUUAUAAUGUAACAGGUAUUCCAAUUCAUAGAUUAACAAAAGAAUUACGAGAGUUAUAUCACAAGUUAUUUUUAAAACAAAAUUGGGUAGUAGUUAUGUCAACUAAAACAAAGGAAAGAAAUGUUGUGAAGGAGAGAGGAAGCAGUUCGAGAAUUGUGGAGAAUGAAUUUAUCAUUCCACCCAGCAACAACAAUAGUAGUAAUAACAAUGGAAGAACAACCACAACGACAACAACCACCACUACAACCAACCGAACUAUUGUUGGCUCCGAUGAAAGUAUCAACAGAAGAGCUGCACGCGCCAAUAUUUCACAGGGUGAUACACUCAUUAGAAAGAGUGUUCGUUAUCUCUCACCCAUUCUAGUUGCCCUGCUUCUCUAUAGUAUAUACGGUAGUCUCUAUCAACCUACACCCGAUCCACCAAUGAAUUCAGCGAUUCAUUUCGGUCCGAUUCUCUAUCAUAAGUUUUUAGACAUGUGGAAUUCUUUUAAAUCUGAUAAACUAGACACAACAUCAACAGCUAAUCAACAACAACAACCAAUGUAUCAUAGUCAUGAAGAGACAAUUAUAAGAAAUACACCAACGGUUCAUCAUCCACACACUGCCGACAAUAGUAUUCAUUUGCAUCACGGUGGACACUCGCAAGACAACGACUUUAAAUUCGUACAUGAAACACAUGGAUUGAAUCCUUGGGAUCAGAACAAACAACCGCUUGGCAGCUUCUUCCACCGAAUGGAGGUGACCAUCGACGAGAAAAGAGACAACAUCAUCGCCAGUCUGUACGGUACCACCUUUGACUACAAAGACCGACUUAAGAAGGAUCUCGAAGAGAGUCUGAAGGUAUUUGAAGAAACUAAAUUGCGUUUACUCCGCGAGUGGAACAGUCUCUAUCAUAACAGCUACGAUAAGAUCAACCAAAUUCGUUAUAAAGCAAAGAAUGGCUAUAGAGAACAUCGUGAGAUUCAAUACCAUCAGAACCCUGACAUGUUAGGUCCACUUGGUGUUCAAUCUUAA